CACAGCAGCCUUUUCCCAUGUGAUCAGCUGUGUCCAAUGACACAGCAGAUCACAGAAUUGGCACUGAUGAUCAGUACCCCGAUGAUCAGUGCCAUGCAGUGUUGCCCAGCAGUGCCACCCAUUAGUGCCACUCGCCUGUGUCCAGCAGUCCAUCCCACCAGUGCCUAGCAGUGCCCAGCAAUGCCACCCAUCAGUGUCCCCCAGCAGUGCUACCCAUCAAUGCCCAUCAGUUGUGCCCAUCAGUACUCAUCAGUGCCACCAGUCCGGGCCAUCAGUCAGCACUGCCCAUCAGUUUUGCCCAUCAAUGCCCAUCAGUGCCACCUAUCAGUGACCAUCAUUUCCACAUAUCAAUGCAGCAUCAUCAGUGCCUCCUCAUCAAUGCCCACCAGUGCUGCCUCAUCAGUG